AACCUAAAAUAUAAUUUCCGUUUUUCACUAGUAGCGUGUUCACUAUUCACUUACAUAAGUAAUAUUAUUGUAUUAUUUUUGUAUUUUUGGUCCUGUAGUUAAUACAGAAGGGGCUCUAUAGCAUUUGAGCUUUUAUCAUUAUUUAAACUGCUGUUCCAUAAUGAUAAAGUUUUGAAAAUUGAGAUCAGAAUAGAAAAUAAUCAUGGUAAUGCAACCUGUGAAUAAACUUCUGCUGAAAAAGACAAAAAGAGGAAAUAUUUUAAAGAUAGUAAGAGAGCAUUACUUGAGAGACGACCUGUGGUGUGGAUCAGAGGCUUGUAAAGUUUGUCGCCAAGAUACAAAUCAUCAAGUUCUCGACGAAGUGGUGAAUUCUGAAAGCACAUUGUUUCCUCAACCACAUUACAUUCUGCCGGAUACCAAUGUUGUUUUGGACCAGAUUGAUAUCCUUGAGGAGGAAGCAAUUCAAAACGUGAUUAUCUUGUAUACGGUUUUGGAAGAGGUGAAGCAUCGGUCAGUGGUUGUCUAUAAACGUCUGAAAGAAAUAUUAAAAAAUAGCGACAGUCGCAAGUUCUACGUUUUCGUCAACGAACAUCAUAAGGAAACUUAUGUGGAACGGUUGCCGGGCGAAAGUGCGAACGACCGCAACGAUCGUGCGAUUCGCAAGGCAGUGGUCUGGUAUAACUCGCACCUGGCAGGCAGUCAGAAGCAGAGGAGCAAGAAGGAUAUACUCAGAGUGGUGCUGUUGACUGAUGACGCAGCCAAUAAAGAGAAGGCUGACGCUGAGAAGGUUCUUGUAGCUACAGCCUCCGAAUAUGUGAACAGUUUGAAAAAUCAACCAGCGUUGGCCGACAAACUGUCAUCUCGUCAAUGCAACUCCGAGUUCAGUGGGGGCAAAGCGCCCCUCUUCCCUCCCUACCGGUCUCCUGUGGAAAUUCAAAAUGGUCUCAAAACUGGAAAACUCUAUCAGGGCGCUUUUCUUGCCAGCCGAGAGAAUUUCCUCGAAGGCCAGGUCAACGUGGAAAACUUGGAAAAACCUGUUUUGAUUCAAGGGAGGGAGAGUCUGAACCGAGCUGUUGAUGGAGAUACAGUGGCCAUUGAGUUACUUCCCGAGUCAGAAUGGUCGGCACCCAGCGAAUUGAUUCUCGAAGAUGUGGAACCCGAAGCUGGAGAUGUUCUAGAAGAAGAGGAGGAGAGAGAAUUGAGAGAAGCCAAGAAAAAGCAGGUUGAAAAACAACCGACUGGGAAAGUUGUCGGCAUUAUCAGGAGAAAAUGGCGACAAUACUGUGGGAUUCUACAGGAAAAUCCAGUGAAAGGGUCAGUACGUCACAUGUUUGUGCCUGCCGAGCGAAAAAUCCCGAGAAUAAGAAUCGAAACACGACAGGCUGAGAAGCUGCUGCAUCAGAGAGUCAUUGUCUCAAUCGACUCUUGGCCUCGUAAUAGUCGAUAUCCUGUUGGUCAUUUUGUGAAGGCAUUGGGCAAAAUUGGUGACAAGGAGACCGAAAAUGAAGUUCUACUUCUGGAGCAUGAUGUGCCUCAUGGAAAUUUUUCAGAAGCUGUUCUAAGUUUCCUUCCAAAAUUACCCUGGGUUAUCACUCCUGAGGAUUUGGCGAAAAGACGGGAUCUGAGACAUUUGGACGUGUGCUCAGUGGAUCCUCCCGGCUGCACCGAUAUCGAUGAUGCUCUACAUUGUCGUUUACUCGAUAAUGGAAACUAUGAGGUGGGAGUACAUAUUGCCGAUGUCAGCCAUUUUAUCCGGCCCGGGAACGCUCUAGACAAGGAGGCUGCUCUAAGAGCGACCACCGUCUAUCUAGUGGAUAAGAGAAUUGACAUGGUGCCAGAUCUGCUGAGCUCGAACCUGUGUUCGUUGCGCGAGAAGGUGGACCGGUUCGCGUUCUCUUGUAUCUGGGAGAUUACCAAGGAUGCGCGCAUUGUCAAGACGGACUUCUGCAAGAGCAUAAUCUUCUCGCGCGGCGCAUUCACCUACAAGGAGGCGCAGAUGCGCAUUGACGACACCAGUCAGCAGAAUGACAUUGCAAAGUCGUUGCGCGGACUCAAUUCGCUCGCCAAGAUUCUCAAGAAGAGACGAUUGGAUAACGGUGCCCUGGUGCUAGCCUCUCCUGAGAUCCGUUUCAACGUGGACAGUGAGACCCACGACCCGAUCGAUGUCAAAGUCAAGGAGAUUCUGGAGACCAACUCAAUGGUGGAGGAGUUCAUGUUGCUUGCCAACAUAUCGGUGGCCGAGAAGAUAUUCCAGGAGUUCCCCGAAUGCGCCAUGCUCAGGCGACAUCCCGAGCCCGCCCCCAACAUGUUCGAGCCGCUUAUCAAGGCUGGACGCCAUCUUGGUUUCGACAUAAAAACGUCGUCAGGCAAAGAACUAGCCGCCUCUCUGGAUACUGCCCGAAUGCCGAGCAAUCCUUACUUUAACACUAUGCUGCGUAUACUGGCCACACGGUGUAUGAUGCAGGCUGUCUACUUCUGCAGCGGAAUGCUCACUAAGCAGGAAUACGCUCACUAUGGACUGGCCACGCCCAUAUACACGCAUUUCACCUCGCCUAUUCGCAGGUACGCGGACAUAAUGGUACAUCGUCUACUGGCCUCGUGUAUAGGGGCGGACACCACCUACCCGGAACUGCUGGAUAGGAGACAGAACCACUCUCUGUGUCACAACCUCAAUUAUCGUAACCGCAUGGCGCAGUACGCGGGCCGCGCGUCGGUCGCGCUUUACACACACAUUUUCUUCCGCGGACAGGUUCGCGACGAGGAAGGCUACAUUCUGUUUGUACGCAAGAACGCGCUGCAAAUCCUGGUGCCACGUUACGGUUUGGAGGGCACACUCUAUCUCAAAAACAAGGACUGUUCGGUCGAGUUCACUUUCAACGAGGAAGACCAUACGCAGCGCUGCGGCAAAGUGCUUUUCCACGCGUUCGAUCCGGUCACUGUGCAGCUGAGUCUCGACGCAAGCAAUGUACAGCAUGAGAAGCUCGUGUUCAAGCUGGUCAAACCGUUUAUAGCCGGGUUCAGCGUCGAGAAGGGAGCGCAAAGCUCUUCUGAACAGUCACCGGUCAAACGCAAGGAGACGGCUGCGGCACCGGGGGGCAAACAGAGUGACACCAAGAAGAAGAGGAAGAAGUAGGGUGCGAGAGUGAAUCCACGUUAUAAUGGCAGUGCUAUCCUUGUCUAUCAUUCAACAAAGCGGAGAGCGCUAUCUCUUUCACGCUUUGCUCUGCUGCCAGAUCGUCUUUUAACAAUGUAGAAUUAAUAAUUAAAUAUCGGGGACCGAGCUUCGCUCUGGAGUACAAAAGCAUGAAAAAUUUAUUACGAAAGAAGAAAUUAUAAUAAUAUUCAUAUAGAAAUGUUCUAUCUAAUCACAGUAAAUAAAGAUUAAUUCCCAGAGGAAUGCAAAAAUUUCCCUCACAAACGCCCAGUUGCACAAAAGCCGGUUAAAUUUUAAUCCUGAUUAACUUCACGUGAACCAAAUCAGAGAAGACCAUUUCAAAAAAAUGGAUCUACUGGAAUUAAUCAGGAUUGAAAAUGACCCUGCUUUUUUGCAACCGGCACUAAGUACCUGAUGAAUGAUUACAAAAGUUCAACAGCUGAGUCAUAAUUAUGACACAGUCCCACACACAUGAACUUGCUCACUCGCUUCCAUCAUCAAGCAGACGACGAAAUAAUUAUUAUUAUCAGCUGUUUUUCCAAGGAUGAAUAAUAAUUAUCCUUUUAAUGUCCUUCAGCGAGUUUUCCCAGGGAUGAGACUUAGUGCAAUCGAAUUUUUAUAUUAUAAAACUACUAUGUUCUGAAUUUCGUGAGAAUCGUUAGAGCCGUUUUCGAGAACCGGUAAAAUACAAACAGAAAUUGCUCGUUUAAUACUAGGAUUAACAAAAUAUAUCAUCUUAAUCAUGAAAAAUCAUUAUGAAAUUAUUGAAAAAUAUAAUUUAUUUCCUAAUAAAAUAUAAUUGAUUAUUUUAAACGAGAAUGAACAGUUAAUAUUACAUCAAUAAACUUGUAUCAGCUACCGUCUAUAGAAGACAUUGACAAGACAGCGGAUCGGCAACGUUGUUCUUGUAUCUUUCUCCACUGCCAUUAUAACGUGGACCUCACUAUAGGGUGUGAGAGAGUUAGAGGAUGAGGAGGAGGGAGAAAGGAAUUGGGGUGGGGAGAACUGAGUCAGACCAAUAGAGGAAGAAGUAGGGUGAGAGAGAAAUGGAGGAAGAAGGAAAUUAAGAAAAUGGAGGAAGAAGGAGGAGGUAGAAAAGAAUGACGAGGAUGAGGGAGAGAGGAGAAGGGAAAGGAGAAGAGGAGGGAGUAGUUGAUAGAACAUUUUGAAAUUUGAAAACAAACUUUUCAAAUUUGAAACAAACUAGCUAGUUUUAUCCUAUUCGAUUUGAGUUUGAUUGAUUGAUUCAAUUACUCUAUUAUUCAGGGUGGGAGGGAGAUGUAGAGAGAAGUAUGAGAAGGUGUGGAAGGAGAAGGAAUAGGAAGUGAGAGAUAGAGAGAAAGAGAAGGAGGUGGAGAGUAGGAAGUAGUUUGUAAAAAUUUGAAAGAUACUUGCGGAUUUGAAUAGAAAGAAAGAACUAGGGCGGGAGAGAGAAGGAGGUAGUAUGAAAAAUUGGAGAAGGAGGAGGAAGAUAGGGGAAAAAGGAGUAGAGGAGAAAAUUAAGAAGAAUAGGAAAGUGUAGUUUUCUACAGUAGUAAAUUUGAUUGACAUUUGACAGAAGUUUUCUACAUACUGUAUAAGUACGUCAUUUUUAUCAUAUGAGGUAUGUUUUUCAUUAUUUCUAUUGUAAAGAUUAAUAUAUUUUAGAUUUAAUUCGUUUUGUAACAGUUCGGUCUAAAAUAUUCUGAGCUGUAAUGAUGUAUAUUACAGUUGAAUAAAAUGUUUCUUAUACUUAA